GUUUAUAGACAAUUACAACUUCAGCUCGAUGCGUCAAACAGUAUUCAUGUUAUCUUGUACAAUCAAUCUAUCCUUCGAAUUCAAUAUCUUCAGCCUUGAUCUUACAAAUUAUAGUUGUAAAAAUGGUACAACCCAUACUUCUAGUCGACGUACUUACUUCAUCUUUCACGACUGACUAGAACUACAAGAAAGUAAGAGCUCUUGUUACACACGCACAUACACAUACUCCUGUUCAUCAAUUCUAGUAUUAGUAUUCCCUUCAUAUGAUAACUAUAAGUAUUCUUCGUCUGUCAUAGAAGUAAAGCUAACACUAAGUAGGGUAGAGGAGCGUGGUCAGGACCUUGCUUGUCAUAACCACACGGAGACGUGGUGCUGGUGUUCAUGGUGGAUAAGAAUUUAGAACAUCCAUGAUAGAGAAUAACAAGCGCGUGACCACCUCCUAUUCAACACCAUGACUGACUUGUACAGUUCCCCCAUUUUUACCACUCAUUCAUCAUGAUCAUCUCCCUGGACUAAUAAGGACACUCCGUUCGCAUCAAGAGCAACGUGUGCAGUUCAUUGUCACCAAAAUAUACUCAGUAUGAUGUAAUGCGGAUAAUGAUGUGCGUGGUCAUAAUGUCAUACGAGGACCUUUUCAACAAGAUCGUGCCAGGAUGGGUUAUUCUUCGGCAUGUAAGUAAAGAACAAUUAUCAAUACAUCGUCACAUGACGUUGAAGAUUGGCAUACCUUCUGGAGGAUUGUGUGAUAGUGCAGGACGAUGGUCUAGCAGGCUUGUGAUGAGUUUACUUAAGUGGUAUACCUAA